UUUGCGAUUCCCAGCGACAAGAGGAAAAAAAAAGCAUAGCCACGGGGCAAUACCGAUCCGGCCCUGUUUUGAAAGCGAAACGAGCAGAGAGGCUCGAAGGCAAGUUUGCCCGCGAGCGAGACGCGAAUCUCACGCUGCGACGUGUCGUGUCCGAUAUGAGAGACAGCUUUUCUCGGCGGUUGCCGCCGCCGCCGAUAGAAAGUGGUCAGCCAAUGGGCUGAGAACGGUUCCUCCGGUCGGCCGAGUUCCCGAGAAGUGCCGCGCCGGUGGCGGCGGCGUAUCCCCGGCAGUGUCGCGACAGCGGAUCAGCCCGUUGGAUCGGUCGGAUGAUACAUCGCCGUGGCUACGGUGAUCGCACGAGCUGAACGAGGGCGUCGAGGCACGUGAAUCGGGAUCCCGCACACGCGACUGUCGGCCCUCUGAACUGUCGCCGGGACGCACACGCGCGAGAACGAUGAAGCUCCAGGAAGCGGCGCUCCUCUGCGUCGUCCUGACCGUCGUCGCAGUGCACUGUCAGAAGAACAAAAAGGACGAGGACAAGAAGGACGAGGAGUUCAGGUGUCCCGAGGGCCAGGGUAACGGCAACUUCGCCGAUCCGGCGACCUGCAGGAGGUUUUAUCAAUGCGUGGACGGAUAUCCCUAUCUGAAUCGAUGUCCAUCGGGCUUGCACUUCGACGACAUCAGCAAAUUUUGCACCUUCAAAAACGAAGCGCGAUGCGGACCUAUCGAGGCCACACCGGCGCCGAUCACCGAGCCGCCGACGGAUCUGGCCGAGCGCUGCGACACGGCGACCUGCCAGCUUCCGUAUUGCUUCUGUUCCAGAGAUGGCACAAUCAUUCCCGGCGGUCUUCAUCCGGAAGAGACGCCGCAAAUGAUAAUGAUGACGUUCGACGGCGCCGUAAAUCACAACAACUUCGAUCACUACCAGAAGAUAUUCACCCAAGACCGACUGAAUCCCAACAACUGUCCGCUGAGGGGCACGUUCUUCAUCUCUCACGAGUACUGCAAUUACAAUAUGGUCCAGAGCCUGGCGCACGACGGCCACGAGAUCGCGACGGAGACAAUCUCGCUUCAGAAGGGCCUGGAGGACAAGGGCUACGAGGAGUGGGUCGGCGAGAUGAUCGGGAUGCGCGAGAUACUGAAGCACUUCAGCAACAUCUCGACCAGCGAAGUGGUCGGCAUGCGGGCGCCUUAUCUGAAGCCCGGUCGCAACACCCAGUACAAGGUGCUCGAGGACUUCGGCUACAUAUACGACAGCAGCGUGGGGAUCUCGCCGCUGAAGGUGCCGAUCUGGCCGUACACUCUCGACUACAAGAUCCCGCAUGAGUGCAAGGCCGGCACCUGUCCGACCAAAUCGUUCCAAGGCAUCUGGGAGCUGCCCCUGAAUGCGCACUAUGUGGAGAGUUACGAAGGUGGACACUGCCCUUACUUGGAUCAAUGCGUCCUUCACAAUCACGAUCCCGAGGAGGUGUUCGAGUGGCUGCAGGAGGACUUCAACAGAUAUUACGAACAAAACAGAGCGCCGUACAUGAUGCCCUUCCACACUAAUUGGUUCCAAAUUAAAGAGCUGGAGCGCGGCCUGUCGAAAUUCCUCGACUGGGUAGUGACGCUACCUGAUGUUUACUUCGUGACCGCCACGCAGGCGUUAACAUGGAUGACCGAUCCGAAACCGAUUAAAGCUCUGCAUAAUUUCGAAGGGUGGACGUGUAAAAAGAAAGAGAAUCUGCCAGGACCACCGUGCAACAAUCCACAUAAGUGCGCUUUAGAUUUCAAGCCUCCUGAAGCCAAUUUCACGACGACAAGGUAUCUGGAAACGUGUAGAGAAUGUCCAAACAAGUACCCCUGGUUAGGAGAUUCAAAGGGUACAGGCCUAUUUAAUGAUAAUUACAAUCCUGAAAAGAAAUAGGAGUGUCACUUUGAAUAAGUUAGAUUUAAUUUCAGCGCGAGCAAUUCGCGUUUCGUUCGUUGUUAUCAAAAUGGAUGCUGCGUGUAUGCGAUAAAUCCAUUGUCAAGCAUAUCAGGCAUCUUUCUUACCAAUCUAUCAGAAAAACCUUUAUAAAAUUUCAAUUUGCAUCUCAAUUGUACAAGUUAAUGUUCGUGGACUUAAUACUUUUAUUCCUAUAUAGAUUAUAUACUCGACAACUGUUUGCAAGCGUCUGUAAUGUUAAGUGUGUACUGUUC